CCUUGUUUUUCCAAUCAACCAUUCCUUCCUUAAUUCAACACACUGAUUCCUGCACGAUCCCGGCCACUUGAACCGAUUGAACAGCAUGGGUUCUUUACAUGGGCUCAUUCCAUUUUGCCUUGUCCUAGUUCUUGUCCUCUCUUCUAAUCAUCUCAUUGCUAAAGCCCACAAAAAUUCCACGAAUCAAAUCAAAGUGGAAGCUGAUUUCAAAAUCAUAGCCGAACUUGCAGGAAAGAAUGCAAUUCCAAAUGCUGAUUUCCAAGGCCUGGCCAAGCUUGCAUUAACGAAAGCAAUAUCAAAUGGGAAUGCAAUAUACCACCGCGUCAACUCGUUGCUACUCAAAACUUCGGACAUGUACACUACGAGAAGCCUAACAGGUUGUUCUACCAACUACAAAGAUGCAGUUGGCCUUAUUAACAAAUCGCUGGCUGCUUUGGAUGCUAAAAAUUACGAUGAUGCCAAGACAUGUAUCACGGAUGCCUUGGCGAACUCAACGAAAUGCGAAGAUAGAUUCGAGGAACUAUUACAACGAAAUUCCCCAUUUACAUUCAUGAAAGCAAAGUUUGGCCUGCUAUGCUUGAGUGGUUUAAAACACAUCAAUCUGUUAGUCCAGAAUGAACGCUUGAUAACUGAAGGUUGUAGCCAAACCUUAGACAAGGAGCUGUGCAAAUCUACAGUCGUAUUCUUCCUGGAAAACAAAGGACUUGGUCUCCAUGGCUUGGCCAAGCUUGCAGUACAGAAAGCAUUGCAAGAUGGCACCAGAAUCCACAACCACAUCAGUGUGUUGCUAAAAACAACUUCAGAUCAAUGCGUUCUGAAAAAACUCAAAAGUUGUUCUGCGUUCUACCUGACUGCAAUUGAAAAGAUUAAGGAGUCGCUGCCAGCUUUGGAUUGUAAUCGUUAUGGUGAUGCCAGUACAGGGGUUGGAGCUGCCAUAGACUCGGCGGAGACAUGCGAGGGUGUGUUUGCUGGAAAAUCAAACACGAUAUCUCCUUUGACCCCUAUGAAAAUAGAGUUUAGUAAGCAAGUCUCUAUUUCUCUAGUUGUCAUCAAAAAGCUAGCCGGAAAUUAACCUGAGGUGGCUGCUGCGCACAAAUCUACAAGUUCUUCCAUUGGGUCUCAAAACAAGAAAUGUACUUCAAAAAUUACAGAAAGAUUAAGUAUCAUUGAAAAUUUCAUGAGAAUAAAACAGAAGCCGUACUCAAUAUGAAUUUUGAUGCAUGAAUUUACUUUA